UUUUGCGUUAUAAUCUCGCACCACAAUGGCGACUUUAAAAUUCAAGACCCGGCUGUUGAAAACGUUGGAGGAUGUUAAUACUAAUGUUUCACCCGAGCGUGGUGACUCCAGACCUGAAAACAGCACCGCCUACCACCGCCAAAGCGAUCGUCGCCCUAAACAUCCAGAACAGCCGACAGAAUUGAAAACGACCCCAAGCAGAAUGUCGAGUCAGAAACGUCAUGCCAAAAAAAGUUAUUGCUCUCCAGGCGUUCACGGCGAUUCUAUCCAAGAUGACAGUAUGUAUUACACACCUUCUCGUGAAUUACCUGUUAGGGAUCCAGGUCUAGAGGCCGUUCCUUUACAGUCCAAAAUCAACGCCAUGUUUAAUAGCUCGUACACACAAUCGAAGAAAAUGUCGCCAGAGAGAUCAGUACUGAACGAGAACCAAAAUUACUACACCCACAGCGACGUGGCGGAAUCCAUACAGUCGGGCCACUAUGACUCUCAGUGCCUAAACAGUGCUGGUUUAGGGAGGACAGAAAAUGAAAGAAUGAUCGGAAGCUAUUUGUGUAAUAUGUGGCAAGCCCAGAAGAUGUGUGAUGUUAUGAUAAAAGUGGACGGACAAGUCUACCCCAUGCACAAGGUGGCUCUUGCCGCCCAUAGUGAUUCGUUUGCGACCAGACAUUGUAACCAGACGAUGUCAGAGGUCAGUCACAUUGACCUGCCUCGCGGAUUAGGAAACGCCUUGAAGGAAAUUCUCAGAUACAUCUACACAACCGAAAUCAGCAUCAAUACCAAAAAUGUGAGUGACAUUUUGGCAUGUGCCAAGCACCUGGGAAUAACAAAAAUCAUCAAGAAAUGUGAAUUGACUCUUCUCAAUUACAACACGGAGAACGUGCUUGAUCUAAUAGAAAUUGCAAAGAAGAAUGAAAUGUUUCAAGUGGUAUCCCAGAUGCAGAACUUCAUCUGUAAAAAAUUCAGCGAAAUCACCAAUACGGAAAAGUUCUUACAGUGUUCUGUUGACGAGAUCUGUCACAUAUUGUCAGACGACAGUCUCGCGGUAGGUCGCGAGCUGGACGUGUUCACGGCGGCUAAGCGGUGGAUUGAGUACCAGAAGCAGGCGAGACUCAGGUUCGCUGAGGACGCCCUCAAGACUGUCCGCAUGAUCUACAUCUCGCCAGAGGAACUGGUCACCCUCGUGGAGCCAGACAUGUUUCCCACACUGGAGUGUCAGCAGAUGCUGAUGAAUGUGUUCAGGAUCCAAGCUUUAAAACUGAGUGGAAGUUACCUUAUCGACAAUGACUACUAUCCUCCCCCAAGGCGGAGCUACCGCACAACGGAUCACAUCGCAACCAUGAGCAAGACGGGAAAUCCAGAAAGACUUAGUUCCUCUGGGAAAUCAAAAAACCAUCGUACACAACGCCACCACGAACAUGGUGACUCUUUGUCACACUUGUCAAGCUAUUCUGAGACUCAUCCUUCGCACUUCACGCAAGACACGUACACACCACACCUAUCUUCUGGCGCUCUGGACACGAACGCCGCCUGCAAUCUGCCCAAUAUCUCGAGUGACUCGCAGAUCCAGGUACCUGUGGUGGCACGACAAGAAGUCAUCAUCUGUAUUGGAGGAAUCAACCCCUUCAAAAUGGAUUCCAACCUCCCAUGCCAGUUGGUGGAAGAAUACAACCCGUCAACUAAUUGUUGGCGAGUGUUGACGAAGUUACCAGAAGCACGGCAUCACCAUGGGUCCAUUGUUCUGAAUGAUCUCAUUUAUAUCAUAGGAGGUUCAACAUUAGAUUCAGACGCUCUAGAAAACCUCGCUAACCCAACGAACGUCUGCUACACGUACAACUAUUACCAGCACGCCUGGACGAGGAUAGCUCCCAUGUCCACCAAGAGGAUGUACCACGGUGUCGCCAGUCUCGGGGGAGUGCUGUAUGCCAUGGGGGGAGAGAACGAAAGAGGAGAAACUCUAGACACGAUGGAGUUUUAUAACCCACAAACAAACCUGUGGGGUCGGGCCGCCCGUAUGUCUGACUGUAAGAUAGCCGUGGCUACUGUCAGUCACAACGGAUUGGUGUACGUCAUAGGCGGCUUCAUGGAAACCUCAGAGGAAAAGGUUCUCUUCGGGACAGUCGAGUGUUACAACCCUCGCAGAAACAGAUGGACGGUGAAGAACCCAUUACCAAAGCCUGUUUGCCAUGCAGGUGUGGUCGAAGUUAACAACACGUUGUAUUUGGUUGGUGGGUCUAGUUUCUGCGACAACAGUGACGUCAUGCCCAGCGUGGGUUCCGUGUUUCGAUAUGACGAGGUGUCAGACAGGUGGGACGUCAUUACGACUCUGAGAGUGCCGAGACACGACGCAGGGGUAGCCUGCUCAGGAGACACAAUAUUUGUAGUAGGGGGUCUGACCUCCCCUCAAGGCACCACCCUGGCCGACGUAGAAGCGUUCGACCUGGCGAGCAACAAAUGGUUGUCUGGAAUUUCUCCACUUGCCAAACCUUUACUUGGGAUCACAUGCUGUUCAAUGGCGGACAGUUGUGCCGAUAAGACAUAAUGGAAAAAAAUAUAAAGAAUACAUAAAACCAUUUGUUGUAAAUAAACAUUACAUUACCAAACUAUAAAGACCAUUUUAUUUUUAAAAAAUGGUAGACAUCAUUACUGAUAAAACAAAACGAAAAUUACAAAGAUACAAUUGAAACCAUUUGUUAUAAAUUAUUUAAAAAAACAUACAUAGAGCAUUUCAUGAAAAAUGGUAGACAUCUGUGCUGAUAAAACAAAGAAAAAAAAUACAAAGAUAUCAUAUAAAUCAUUUGUCAAAAAUUAAGCAGAAAUUUUGCAAAAAUACAAACAUUAUUUCAUAAAAAUUAAUGGUGUCUUUAUCACAGUAGAUAUGUAAGUUCAUAAGCAUGGGCAGAUCAAUAAUUUAAAAAAAAGAGGUACAAACAUCACAUGGCCUACACACAAAUAUGAAUCUAUCAAAUACGACAUUUACUCAUAUUGCACCUAGCCUUAGAUCUCCUGAUGAAUGUCAAUUUAAUGCCGAGUUAUUUAGCAUGGUUAUAAAACCAGUGGGUUUCUUUUCUGUGUGUGUUUUUUAAAUAUAUACUUUAAUAUUGUUUUCAUAGAUACUCCAUUCAUGUCCAUAAUUUUUAUUUAUUUAUAUACUUAUUUAUUAUAUAUUUAUUAAAAUUAUUUAUUUUACUAUGAACGAAAUUCCCUGUUGCUUUUUACAUUAUGCAUUGUCCAAUUCGACCAGUUCUAACUGUAAUACGUAUGGAACCUACCCAUUUCAUGUAAUUUGAAUCAUCGUGUUUCAAGCCAUUAAAAAUAUAACAUAUUACACAAUAUAUGAAAAGUUCAUUUCCAAAAUGCGAUACACGCCAAUUUCCAGAUUUUGGAGUUAGCAUUGAAGGUAUUUUGAUGUUGGCACACUUCAAUAAUAGACAAUGAAGGUUCCAUCAAAAUACGAUCUCUUUUCAUUGAACAAGAUUUUUAAAACGGCUUCAUGUGAUAUAAGCUACUUUAUGUUGCAGCAAAAUCAUGUUUUCUCAAAAAUGACGUAAAUGGCUGUAUAGCAUUUAGGAAAAGUAUUUGGAUUGUGCAAACACUGAAAGUAAAAAGGUAUAGUUAUGUAACAAAGCUGAUGUUACGUUCUUUGCAAUUCGUGUUUUAUUACACUUAUGGUUUAAAAUAACUUGGGUCCUAUCAAAGUUUUACGUACCACUAGACUAAAGUGGGACGUAACACUUUGAACGACGGCAUACGGUUGGCGCUCAGCGACUUUACCGGAACGUAAAUCAAUAAUUUGCAUUGUCACUCGCUAAAGCUUGUUAUAACUGAAAAUUAUUUCACUCUGGACAUAAAAAUAAUACGAAAUGGAAGCUCGUUUUAUAUCUAAUAAAUCCAAUUAAAAUAUUUGCCAAACGGCUUUACGCUAGCUAAGGUUAGCAGAAGAGGAAUGUACCCCUGUUAUUUUUGAAGCUGCGAUUUCACCUCAUUGUAAAACUGGGGACCACAUAUUCCCAGGUACAUACACCUUUUUAGUUUGUUAUAAAUCUAUUUUGAACUACUAUAUCUAUACCAGAACGACCAGAAACAUAUUCCUGUGUUAUUUAAUGAGUUUGGUGCAUCUGUUACGUGUUGUUAAGAAGGAAUGUGUUUUUCAACUACUUUGUAUUCUUUGUAUUCAGUAAGUAAUAAAGUUGUUGACUCAUUUUAUAAUUUUACAAAAACAUAUGCCUUUCAUAAGUUAUUGGUGAUUUGUGUACACGUGUAGUUGUUAAAUGUUGUGAAAAUAACUAAAAUAAACAGUUAAUGAAGUUAA